AUUGUGCAGGAAAACCACUGCAUGCGGAUCAAGAUCCUCGGCGACUGCUACUACUGCGUGUCCGGGCUUCCGGUGUCCAGACCCAGCCACGCCUACAACUGCGUUCGAAUGGGGCUCCAGAUGAUCGAGGCCAUACGGGUGGUCCGCGAGGCGACCGAGGUGAACGUGGACAUGCGCAUCGGCGUACACUCGGGCAACGUGCUCUGCGGCGUGCUGGGACUUAGGAAGUGGCAGUACGACGUCUGGUCCGAUGAUGUCACGCUGGCCAACCACAUGGAGUCUGGCGGCGUGCCCGGGCGCGUGCACAUUACUCGGGCAACGUACCAGCUGCUGGACGGCAGAUUCGAGACGGAGCCCGGAAACGGGGCCCAGAGGGACCCUUACCUGGCAGAGCACCAAGUGGACACCUUUCUCAUCGCCCCGCUCAAGCCGACCGAGGCGAUUGUGGAGUCGUCGCAGGCAUCGCGCGAGAACGGCGGUCGUCUCCGGUCUACGUCCAAGAUGUACAAGCACAUGGAGUGCUGGGGCGCCGACAAGCCCUUCGCCAACAUCACCGAGAGCACGCUCGCCAAGAACGUCGGACUGACCAGCCUAGCUCUCAUCGAAACCAACCUCCUGCCAGAGUCUACAGCGUGUUGGGACAUGAGGUGCUGUGCCCCGGAGGGUUUGAAUCCGGUGUUCCUGCGGUUCAAGGACACCAAGCUCGAGACCCAGUUUUGGAAGCAGCCGGACCCACAGUUCGCGCAGUACUCAGUCGCCUCGGCAGCCGUCUUCGGAGUAAUCGUGGCCAUCCAGAUGCUCACCCUCAAUAUGGACUUGAUGUUGUUCUGCGUGCUCACGUCGGGGGCUCUGGUCCUGGGAGUUCUUACUCUGGCUGCCUGGAGCCGCCAAUGUCAGGUUUCGUGUUACCGACUUCUCAGUGCAAAAAUAGCACACACACACAAGUAUUGA